AACUGCUUCCCUCAUUAAAAGCUUCCUGACUGCUGCUCCCAAGUCCGCUCCGCUUCAGAAAAUGGUUGUGUAAACAGAUGAUUCGUAAAACAGCUUACAGUUGCUGCCAUCGGGUGGUUCUGGUGGGACAUCAUCAAGUAUCUGAUGUCUUGUUUUAUUGAAGAGUGUCAGCGUUAUGUGAGAAGGCGUUUGUCAAAAAGUAAACCGAACAUACGGGUUCUUCACUGGAAGCUCGGCUAACUUGUUAGCUUGUGACUAUUAGCAGACUACGCUAUAUGUGCUGUUUGAAUUUUCAUUCAUUUUUAAAGUUCAGCUAGACUGUCUAGGUAAGAUUUAACUUCCAUACAAAAUAUUGUUAUUUAGUCUAGUGUCUGAGGCAUUAAAUGAACGUGUUUGGUUGGGGUGACAGUGAAUGCUGGAGGCCUGAGUCACAAUUGCAAGACAAAUUGGGUUUAAAACUAAAUUUAACAGACUGACAUGCACCUCUGGUCUGACAAUAUUUAAGCUGCAUGUGCAGCAAAUUUGUAAAAGCUCCAAAACUAGAGUAGUCUGUUAGCUCGCGAGAAUAUGACAUGGUAGGAGUGGAAGGAGCCUUGCCCACCAACAUCCCUACAACAUUCAGCGUCUCCCGGGCUUUUGGUGCCGAUACCUGAAGGUCAGUUCACCUUUUGAGAACCAGACCCAUCAUUAGUGUGAGCUGAUGUUGUGUGCUCGGCCUGUUCAUCUGGAUCUUAUCACAUAGCUUUCUCCCUGACCUUAGUUGGUCCUUCUCCUUAUCAAGUUACUGAACAAUCAUCACCAUGUCUGACAACCAAGGCAAUGUGAACAACAACAACGUUCCACUGAACAACAAUAAUAAUGGUGGGCCAAACCGGAUUCGUAACCCCCCAAUGAACCAGAACCCCUUGAUUAACGUGAGAGACAGACUCUUCCACGCAUUAUUCUUUAAGAUGGCAGUCACAUACGCCAGACUAUUCCCACCAUCUUUCAGACGAAUAUUUGAGUUCCUGGUCUUGUUAAAGGCACUGUUUAUGCUCUUCAUCCUGGCCUACAUCCACAUUGCCUUCUCGCGCUCUCCAAUAAACUGCCUGGAGCAUGUGCGGGAGAAAUGGCCCCGCGACGGCAUCCUGCGUGUGGAGAUCCAGCGCAACUCCAGCCGUGCUCCUAUCUUUCUGCAAUUUUACGAGACUGAGGGUAUCCAGGGACUCGUGAAGGAACCAGAGGAGGAUGGACAUGAAAACAGACAGCCAGUGGUGCCAACAGAUGCUGAAGAGGAGGAAGAGAUGACUAUGGACAUGUUUGACAACAGCACAGUACGAGUGAGUUUAUUACAUGGUUAUUUUUGAACUGACUAGAACUGAACCUGCAUUCUAUUACUAUACUGCUACUC